CACAAGCUUUCAGCAGCGAACAAAACUUAAAAUGUUGAAACAAAUUUUUUGUAUAAUAUUUAUAAUAUUUUUAAAAUAUACAGCUGCUAAAGCUGAUAACGAACAGUGUAACAACAUAAUAAUUGAAGGUGGUGAACAGGCUUUAAGAAAAAUAUUUAAUGAUUUUAAUGAAAUCAAAACAACAUUGAAUGAAUUGAAACUGAAAUAUGAAAUACACCAGGAAAGCAAUAAUACUGUAAAGAAAGAUAUGCCAAUUUUUGAUGGACGUAUUGAUAAAAUGGAUGUUAAAUGCCAUACUACGAAUCUGCCAAAAGAUUGCGCCACAGCUACCGCCUGCACCAAACAGAGUGGCAUUUACAAAAUACAAAUCGAACAAUUUAGUUCAGAACCAUUUUAUGUGGCAUGUGAUAGUGAAACUGAAACCGGUGAUUGGUUAGUGAUACAGAAACGUCAAGAUGGUUCCGAAGAUUUCUAUAGAGAAUGGCAGGAUUACGAAAAUGGUUUCGGUGACAUAGCUGGAGAGUUUUUUAUUGGCUUAAAGAAAUUACACGCUCUAACGUCCUACAACGGACCUCAAGAAUUAUUAAUUGUUAUGAAAGAUGCGAAUGAUACCAAAACUUUCGCUAAAUAUGAUGCAUUUGCCAUAGGUAAUGAAACGGAAUCGUAUAAAUUAAAAAAAUUGGGUAAUUACUCGGGAACAGCAGGUAAUUCUUUGGGUAUUCAUAUAGGCAUGAAAUUUUCAACUAAAGAUCGUGACAAUGAUGUAAGUGAUAGUAAUUGUGCCACUGUUAACACUGGCGCUUGGUGGUAUAUUAAUUGUCAUCACAGUAAUCUCAAUGGCAAAUAUGGUGUACACUCUAGCAAGGGUGUUAUUUGGAAAACGUUUCGAAAUUAUUCAGAAUCUCUUCCUUAUGUUAAAAUGAUGAUACGUCGCAGUAGAACUAUAUAAAUAGUUAUUUAUAUUAAUAUAUGUAUAAAAUGUGUAAU